AUGAUGCAGUCCCUGUGUCUCCGGGAUUCGUCGUUGCCAGGGUUACAGCCUGGCCUGCCCCGCCUCCCUUUCAAGGAGAGAGUGCGUGAGGCUCUGAGCCUGGGAAGACGGCGCCAGUACUCCAUUACCCAGGAGCGGCAGGGGGAGGAGUGGGCGGUGCUGGGCUGCGCUGAGCAUGCCCCAAGGCUCCGCUCCCCCUCUCUGCCUCUCUCUCUCUGCGGGGGCAGGGGCGACAGCGACAGCGAGCUGCCCUUCUUCUCUUUCACCUCGUCGUCCUCUUGCUUGCUGCUUUCUUCGUCGGACGGCGAGAGCGCCUCGUGGGUGGCGACCGGGAGCUCGCGCAGACGCAGACGCACGCUCGCGCAGGCCGGCCGCCGCGGCCGGCACGGCCCGGGCUCGCGGAUCGCCAUGGGUAACCAGGACGGCAAGCUCAAGCGCUCGGCCGCAGCGCCGGGGGAGUCGGAGGGCGCGCCGGAGGAAGGUGGCGAGUCCGACGCUUCCAAGAGAGGAUUUCACGGCAAGAAGCCCCACGGGAAGCCCAGGAAGGGCGGCGAGGGCGGGGACAGGAGGAAAAAUAAGGCUGAAUCCAAGCCCUCCGUUUUCUCCAGCAUCCGGAACAAACGGAGCCUGGCCAAGGUGAAGGGUCUCCUGAGCGGCUCCCGGGAGGAUGCGCUGGACUCGCAGCGCGACGAGCUAGGCGGCAAGACGUCCGAGCUUUCCGCCGAUGAGCUCGGCCAGUCCGAUGCCGAGGCGGAGCGGCCGGCGCCCGCCGGCGUGCCGGGUGCUCCCGAGGAGGAGGAGGAGGAGAAGAAGGGAAGCUCCGGCUCGGACACGGACAUCUACAGCUUCCACUCGGCGGCGGAGCACGAGGACUUGCUGGCCGACAUUCAGCUGGCCAUCCGGCUCCAGCGCCAGCAGAAGCCCCGCGACUGGAACGGCGUGGUGGAGACCAGGAGCACGCCCACUCCUGACUCGGAGCAGUUAACCGUGCUGGAGGCGCUGCCGGACGUGCGCUGCCGGAAGGUAACCUCUGCUUCCCGCGCCGGGGAGAGGGAGGCGCCGGAGGGGAGAGAGGGAUACGAGGAGAGUGUUGACGGAACGCCGGGUGGCUCCAACCCGGCCCUUUGUGCUGGUGUCGCCGUAGCAACCCGGACAAAGGAGCCAGAGUGCGAGACGGCCGAGCUUCCGGCGGCUCCGUCCGUUACCGAGGAGACCGGGAGGAAGGCUCGGGGCCCGGUUUCCAAGACGACCAGCGUCGCCAGCUUCCCGGACCUCACAGCCUCGUUUGAGAGCGCGGUGGAGGCCACGGAGGAGGCUGAAGUAGAGGCCGGCGUGGACCCUCCGCUCGAGGAGGACGCCGCCAGCUCGGACACGCUGUCCGAGGGCCAGGGGCUGCACGUGGCCCCGUCGCUGGAGCUGCCCUCGGGGGUGGAGGAGGUCCCGGUCGUGAUCAGGAGGAAAAGCAGCGUGAGCGUCCCGCACUGGGUACAGUCGGAGAGCCCUCUGGCCACGCGGCUCCUCAAGUCCACUGUGGGGGCGUGCGCGGGCAGCCCCACGGUUAAGCCCUACCCGCCCGUCCAGGCUUCCUACGUGAAGACCACGACGAGGCAGCUCAGCUCUCCUGCAUGUUCACCCAAUCCCUCCCCAUCCCACAGCCCGCGGGUCGCCCGGCGCGGACGACUCGCGCCCGCCACAGCCGCUCGGGCCGAGCGCAGGCGCGCCAAGCGCCAGCGCUCCUACAGUGCCACCGGACCGAUCAGCCGCUCCGCGGACUGGACCGAAGAGCUCCGUCCGCUCCCAGCCAAAACGGGAUCGGAGGACUACCUGGAGUACGGAGGCUCGGAGGGGACACUCGGGCUGGGAGCGCGGAACCGGCGGGCUUCUGCAGGACAGGUGUCCACAUGCAGCUUCCAGGAUGUGUUCACAGGCCGCACUCUGCUGGAGAAGUUCUCCCAGCAGCAGGAGAGAGCAGAGUCAGUGGAGGAGGCGGAGCAGCUCUGUUCUCGGAUUCUGGCCUCGGGGCUCCUCCUCCCCUUCAGCGAGUGUUUCGGGGAGCGACACCAGGGCGGCAGCACAACACACGUGAGCCAGCAGUUCAGCCAAGACCAGUUGUACACAUGGGCCCCAGUGAGUCAACCACCUUUGUCACUGGAACCCUUUGAGGGGCGUUUAGCAGGUCACGUUUCAUCCCUGUGGCCACAGAGCAGAGUGGGAACCGAAGAGAUACCUACACUCAAGUACACCGAAGCUGAAGGUGAUGAGGAGCACCAGGCUGUUGUCGUAGGGCUGAAGAAGAAACAAGAAGAAGAGAUCAAAGACCUUCAGGAGGAGUCCAUGUUGAGGACCGUGCGGCUAAAACAGGAACACGUGACUGUUAUCCAGCAGUUGGAGCAGACGAUCGAGGACCUUCGCAGUAAGAUCGCCGAGCUGGAGAAACAGCACCCUCUGCUGGACCAGGAGUGCGGCAGCCACGAGGACCUCCAGACGGAGGCCACCGCCCUGCUGCCGCUGGAGGCCAAGUCUGUGCAGACCUCCCCCGUGGACGAGAGCGUCAGGUUUAAAGUGCCUUCUCCAGACUGGCCCAGGCUCAGUGAGGUGCGGCAGGGCAGGCCUGAGGGCUCCGUCCCUGAGCUGCUGGUAACUGCUUCUCCAGCAACGGGACAGUUUGUGUGCACAUGCCAGCAGCAGCAAAAGCUGCCUUUACCCCUCCCCCCGCCUCUGCCUGGACUGCCUCCGGCCCCGCCCCCUGCACCGCCUCUGCCUGGACUGCCUCCGGCCCUGCCCCCUGCACCGCCUCUGCCUGGACUGCCUCCGGCCCCGCCCCCUGCACCGCCUCUGCCUGGACUGCCUCCGGCCCCGCCCCCUGCACCGCCCCUGCCUGGACUGCCUCCGGCCCCGCCCCUGCCUGGACUGCCUCCGGCCCCGCCCCUGCCUGGACUGCCUCCGGCCCCGCCCCUGCCUGGACUGCCUCCGGCCCCGCCUCUGCCUGGACUGCCUCCGGCCCCGCCCCCUGCACCGCCCCUGCCUGGACUGCCUCCGGCCCCGCCCCCUGCACCGCCUCUGCCUGGACUGCCUCCGGCCCCGCCUCUGCCUGGACUGCCUCCGCCCCCGCCUCUGCCUGGAUCCUCUAUUCCUCCACCUCCACCCUUACCAGGCGCUGUUCCACCCCCUCCACCCCCACCUCUCCCUGGUGACAGACCUCCACCUCCACCAGGCCUGGCUGGCUCUUUGCCACAUUUUCUCCCUGCGGGGGCCAGUUGCCCCACUCCUUCCUUCGGACACGGCUCUCUACCCCCUCCCCUGCCCCUCGGACUGUACGCGCUGGCUGCAGCCCAGGAGAAAGUACCCCGCAAGGGGGUUGUGGAACCUCCAAGGCCCAUGAAGCCUCUCUACUGGACUCGGAUUCAGCUCCACGCCAAAAAAGACGCAAGCCCUCUGUUUUGGGAGAAGAUCGAGGAGCCCACCGUGGACUUUGAGGAGUUUGUGGAGCUCUUCUCCAAAACGGCAGUGAAGGAGAAGAAGAAACCUCUCUCUGACACCAUCACCAAAUCCAAAACCAAGCAGGUGGUUAAGCUGUUGAACAACAAGCGUUCUCAGGCUGUGGGAAUUCUCAUGUCCAGCCUGCAUCUGGACAUGAAGGACAUCCAACACGCCAUUCUGAAUCUGGACAACACCGUGGUGGACCUGGAGACCCUACAGGCUCUGUAUGAGAACAGAGCACAGCCAGACGAGGUGGAGAAGAUCGACAAGCACAACGAGUCUUCCAAGGGCAAGGAGGGUGUCAAACCUCUGGACAAACCUGAACAGUUCCUCCUUCAGCUAUCUCAGAUCCCCAGCUUCUCAGGGAGGGUGUUUUGCAUUCUGUUUCAGUCCACGUUUUCAGAAUUCACCUCCUCGAUCCUCCGUAAGCUGGACAUCCUGCAGAAGGUCUGUAAGACUCUGCACAGCGGUUCUGGAGUCGCGCAGAUACUCAGCCUCAUUCUGGCCUUCGGGAACUUCAUGAACGGAGGGAACCGCACUCGCGGCCAGGCCGACGGCUUUGUGCUAGACAUCCUGCCCAAACUGAAGGACGUCAAAAGCAGCGACAACACCAGAAGUCUUCUGUCGUACAUUGUUGCAUACUACCUGCGGCAUUUUGAUGAGGAUGCUGGCCGGGAGACGUGUGUGUAUCCUCUGCCGGAGCCCCAGGACCUGUUCCAGGCAUCUCAGAUGAAGUUUGAGGAUUUUACUAAAGACCUGCUCAAGCUACAGAAAGACCUGAGAGCAUGCACUGCAGAAGUGGAGAAGGUGUGUAGUGUCUCCUCUGAAGAGCACCUGGAGCCCUUUAACACCAAAAUGGAGGAGUUUGUGAGCCGAGCUAGAAAAGAACUGGAGGCACAGGAGACCCAACUAAGCGAAACCCACAAAAUGUUCUUGGAGUUGACCGUGUUCUUCUCGGUGAAGCCGAAGAGUGGCGAGAAGGAGGUUUCUCCCCACACGUUCUUCUCUGUCUGGCACGAGUUCUCCACGGAUUUCAAAGACCUCUGGAAGAAGGAGAACAAGCUCAUCUUACAGGAGAGGCUAAAAGCUGCUGAGGAAUGUUUUAGACAGGCAAAGGAGAAGGGCACCUACAGUGUCAAACCCAAGCACGCCUCUGGGAUCAAAGCGAAGCUGGGCAUGAAAAUAUGACCGACAGGAGGAAUUGAACUGUCGAUGCCGUGCGCACAUGGAAAACUAAGAAAAGAAACUUUCAGAAUGAGCCUGAAGUGAAGCACCUGGACUACAAUGGCAUUCACCCUUUUAAAAUGUUCGUUCUUCAGCGUCCGACACACACACACACACACGUACACACACUACAGCUCUCUGACUUAAACUGCAAUGUGCACACAGGAAUCUUAAACUCCUCAGUAUUCAGUGAUGUCACUUCCUGUGAGAUGAGGUUUCUUUCGGGGUAAUGCCUCGUGAAUUUAGCGUGUGUGUGUGGUUCAAAGGUGACAGUGACAGGACAGAAACUAUGAAACCUGACGAGGCAUAAGCAAACAAUUCCUGAGGGAGUUCAGGGUUUUUUUGGUUUUUUUUGUGGGGUGGGGGGGGUGGCCUUUUUCACAGGCUUUUUUAAACUGCAGUAAUUUCCGCGGACCGGUGCGGUCCAGCAGCGUGGUGCGGUCUGACCCAGUGCUGAGGUCAUUGCCAUGGUUCUCCCCUGAUCAGUAUUGCUUUCGUCUGACCCCAGUCUCCAGUCACACCUCACUGUUCCUCCUCACAAGGCUUUUUGUUUUAACGCCUAAAAACAGGAGAUGACCGUGGCUCCGAUCGCUCCGAGUAUCGGAUCCCCCGACCAGACUUUCCUUAAAUCCACGAUUCCCCAGACUUCCAAUGUGCUGAGUAAAACUGAUCACACAUCUUCAGUACAAGUAGUCUUGCGAGCACUUCCGAACCAUUUCACGGAGCUUCCUCACAAAGGACACAGGAACCAAACACAGAAGAACCGUGUGGCAGUGCAGUACAAUCCCCAGAAGAGAGAACCAUUCUCAAAGUGAAAAGGUACACUGCGAACAGCGAUCCAAUGGGAGUCCUCCCCUGUUUGCUUAUUUGGAAUUUGAGAAGGAUUGGGAAUGUUGCUGCAGGACUUGAGUGAUAGUGUUCUUCCUUCUCCAGCCUGGAGAGUAGUGUGGGUAGGGAAUUCUGUCUGCGCUUAACCAACUCCAUCAUGGCAGGAAAAUUAUCCAGUGGAGGAUUUUUUUUUUUAUUGCAACAUACAAGACUUGACUGCUUAAAAUGUAUUUAAAAUGCUGUUAUUUUAUCUAAUGUAAAGUAGUAUUAACAUUGUUCUGUAAGAUAUUCCUGCUAAAUCUUUUUAUUUUUCCCGUCUCCGCAUGUACAUGUUCAAAGUGUUAGUCACUCUGGAUCUCGAGCGCGAAGUUUUUGCCCACAUGCAAUAAGUGUUUGUAUCUUUUUGCUUGUUUUUGGAAAUGUGUAAUUUAUGUAAAAUAAAGGAACAAUACAUCAUGAAAUUG